UUCAGACGGCAGAGAAACUUCCUUUCGCCGACUCGCUCGGAUAAACAGAAGGGAUUCUUAGGUCGCCGGAGGUACGAAGAAGCUGUCAAUCGGAAAUCGGAAUCCGAAGUUCGACGGCGAGGAGAAAUGGACAGAGAGUGGGGCUCGAAGCCGGGAAGUGGAGGUGCGGCCUCUGCACAGAAUGAAGCUAUUGAUCGGAGAGAGCGUCUUCGGCGGCUUGCUCUCGAGACCAUCGAUCUCGCCAAGGAUCCCUACUUUAUGCGCAAUCAUCUUGGAAGUUAUGAGUGUAAGCUUUGCUUGACUCUGCACAACAAUGAGGGAAAUUACUUGGCGCACACGCAGGGGAAGCGGCAUCAGACUAAUUUGGCCAAGAGAGCAGCCCGCGAAGCCAAGGAAGCUCCUGCUCAACCUCAGCCCCACAAGCGGAAGGUCUCUGUUCGUAAAACAGUUAAAAUUGGAAGGCCUGGUUAUAGAGUCACAAAGCAAUUUGAUUCUGAGACAAAGCAGAGAUCUCUGCUUUUCCAGAUUGAAUAUCCAGAAAUUGAAGACCUAGCAAAGCCAAGGCAUCGGUUUAUGUCCUCUUAUGAGCAGCGGGUGCAACCCUUUGAUAAAAGAUACCAAUAUCUUCUGUUUGCAGCUGAACCAUAUGAGAUAAUUGCGUUCAAGGUUCCAAGCACAGAGAUUGACAAAUCUACACCAAAAUUCUUCUCACACUGGGAUCCUGACUCAAAAAUGUUCACGUUGCAGUUGUAUUUCAAAUCCAAGCCACAAGAGGCAAACAAGCCACAGACUGUGCCUGCAGCCAAUGGAACGGUGCCAUCUGGUGCACCACCGAGGCCACUUCCCCCGCCACCUCAAGCUCCACCACCACCACCUCCACCACAGCAAGGAGCGCCACCGAGAGUUCCUCCUCCUCCAAUGCCGGGCUCCUUGCCGCCUCCCCCUUCUGUAAUGUCUAAUGGUCCUCCCAGACCAAUGCCUCCUCCCGGUGGGACUCCGUCGAUCCCUCCACCGCCUCCAGUUGGCAAUAACACAAUGGAAAAUUUCACUCAGAUGAAUAGACCUCCCAUGCCACCUCCUCCACAGGGCUUCCAAGGUCAGGGUGUUCGUCAGCCACCACCGCCGCCACCCAAUAUGGGAUAGGCCACAGAAUCAAUUCAUUAGAGUAAGGUUUGAGAAAUACAAUUUGGUAAUGAACGUUCUGGGGACUUUAAUUGUUGGUCUCAUUAGUGAAGUUUAAAGCACUGUUUCGUCAUAUGAUCAUAUUUUGGCAUGUAGAAUCUUAACAUACCUUGAUUAUUGUAUCUUUUCAGGCAAAAUGAGAGAAUUUUGUUACUUGUGCCAUUAUUUUCAA